AUGGUAAUUCCUAUAAUUGUAGAAAUGAAGAUUAGGUGGAUCUUAAGUUCUUUGAAAGCAUUUGGUGGAACUCAGUUUCCUCGAAAGUAUUUGGUGGAGCUUAGGUUCUCGAAAGCAUUUAGUUUAGGUUUUUCAAAAGCAUUUGGUGGAGCUAAGGUUUCUCAAAAACAUUUGGUGGAGCUUAGAUUUCUCAAAAGUUUCUCGAAAACAUUAGGUUCUACAAAGAUUUCGAAAGCAUUUGGUGGAGCAGAGCUUAGGUUCCUCGAAAGUUCCUCAAAAAUAUUAGGUUCCACAAAAGAGUUGGUGGAUCAUAGGUUUCUUGAAAGCAUUUGGCGGAACUCAGUUUCUUCGAAAGUUAUUCAAAAGUAUUUAGGUUCCCUCGAAAGCAUUUGGCAGAACUUUGGUUUCUCGAAAGCAUUAGAUUUCUCGAAAGCAUUAGGUUCCUCGAAAGCAUUUGGUGGAGCUAAGGUUCCGCGAAAGUAUAUGGCAGAACUUCAAAAGUAUUUAGUGGAGCUUAGAUUACUCAACAGUUCUGUGAAAGCAUUUGGCGGAACUUCAAAAGUUCCUCAAAAGCAUUUGGCAGAACUUAGUUUCUUCAAAAGUAUUUGUUGGAGCUUAGGUUUCUCAAAAGCAUUUGGUUCCUCGAAAGCAUUUGGCGGAACUCAGGUUCUUCGAAAGUAUUUGGCAGAACUUAG